CAUACCCCAUGCGCCACCCAAUCGUGUAGCGGCCACUAUCUCCGCACGUAUAAAUACAUUGCCGAUUCGGUGGUUUCCCAUAUAUCUAUAUCUAUAUAUCUAUAUAAAUCUCCUCAUAAAAGCACACACAAUUUCUCCCCUGAUAUUUCAUUUAAAAAGUUCACAUAAUAGAUGAGGCGUAAGGGUAGAUAUCUUCAGGGGGAGUUUCCUACAAGUGGUGCAAUAUUUAUGUGUAAUACAAGAACGAAGAAAGAGUGCUUAAGACGUAGGCUGUUCGGACUACCAUCAGGUGAUUGCGAUUUUGUGUUGCAUGUGAAGAGAGGGAUGAUACUCUUUCUUUUUGAAUAUGAGAGGAGACUUCUGUAUGGUGUAUAUCGUGCUACCUCGGAUGGUGAAAUCAACAUUGAGCCCAGAGCCUUUAGAUCAUCUGGAAAGUACUUUCCUGCACAGGUUCGGUUUACCACUGUCUAUGAUUGUAGUCCAAUUUCGGAAUAUGAAUUCCAGGAUGCAAUCAAGGAUAACUACUUCUCUGAAAAGAAGUUCAGAUUUGGCUUGAACAAGGAUCAGGUAAGUAAACUCAUGAAGCUGUUUCAUUACAAGAAAACAUCAAAAAAUCAUCCUGAGAAACAUAGAGAUAAGCCAACAGAGAGAGUUUCUAGAUUUGGUAAUCUUAAGAAGAACAUUAGAGACAGGUUAAGCUUCGUAGACAAAGUAGAUAGUCGUGAUCUUAGGAUCUCUGAAUUUAGUGACAAUGAAGUUGAAGUAGAUGAUGAUGAUGAUGAUGAUGAUGAUGUCAUUGAUGUGUAUGUAACCAAAAAAAUGGUCGAAGGUAGCCAAAAGGUUGACAGGGACAGAUUUCUGACAAAUUAUGUAGCACAGAAUGUUGACUCUGGUGAUUGUGGUACCAGGCAGGAUACAUUAGGGAAAUGCCUUGAUCAUUCUUUAGGAGGUCUAAGAAGGGUCACUGAUGUAAAUUUGGAUUUUAUGGGUGAUGUAAUGGAUGGGCAUGACAAACGGUAUAAAUUUGAGGAACUAAGAGGAUUAACUAACAAAGAUAGCUUUUCUAUGAUGGAUAAUAUAAAAAGCGAACAUGAUGUUGAAGAUCGUUACAUCCCAACUUUCACUAGGCCACGUGAAAAGCAUUAUGGUGAAAUUGAUGUAGCACACAAUGAUGCAAAGAUUUUGGUGGAUGCUAAAGACAGAGACAUCUUGUAUUAUAAUAGGUUACAAGAUGAAUAUAAUGUUAGAGAAAGUUAUAGGCGAAGUCUUUCAGCAUCUCAUCUAGGUAGCCCUUGUGUUAUUGGAAGUCAAACAAUUGCUGAUAGAUACUUUCUUGGUCAUGAAGCAGUAGGAAGUAAUGUCGACAAUGCUAUUCCCUUUUCUCAUAAUAACCAAAACACUUAUUUGACAUCUUGUGAAACAAGGACCGGAAUUCCCGAGGUUCAGCUUAAUUCUUUUUACUUGGCUGAUGAAUCAAAUUUUAUUCCCCUUGAUAAUGGCCCAUUUUAUCCAAGCUCCACUGAUGCUCCCACUUUCUUGCCAUUGGGUAAAUCACCUCCGCGUCAUCCACACAACGAAGAGCCCAUGCAGUAUUUUGAUGAUUUGAGUUAUGCAUCAUUGGAUAAAAGACAGAUGACAGCUGAAGGUAACCGGGUAUAUGAAACUGCUCCUCGAGACGGUUCACACAGUCCCCUGUUUCCUGACUUUGUUUCCAAAAGGCUUUCCUCGUCUAAUGCUGGUCCGUGUAAGCUUGAAGAGAGCACAAUUGAUAAUGUUAAAAUGUCACAUCAACCAUGUAAAAGUAAGUACCUUUUUGGUACUGACAAAAGGGUUAGUGUUUUUGCUCGAUUAAAUUCGUCUCUUAAACAUGGUAAGGAAGAACAUAAAACAAAUAAAAAACAUGAUCUGGAUGCAUCAGUUGACCAAGUUAUGGAGAUGUUGGAAAAAGUUGUGAGUAGUCCAACAAGGAAGGAUGGAAAAAGCAAAUCAGCUCUUAAAAAAGAUGACAAUGAUAAAAGAAAGCUUUGUAAGAUUGCAGGUUAUGAGUUUCAAGAGGUGGUAAUGGAACUUGAUGCUGAUCAGGCACAUGAAGAAACUGAAGGUAGAUCAGAACUGCGGGAGACCAGAAUUUUGGAUUUCAAGCGUCGUAAGAAAACAAACAAGUGCAUUGAUGAUGCAUCCAAAGAAAAGUCUGAAUGCUUGGUAGGUGCUGCCUCAGAUGUGGGACCAAUGGAGAAUAAUAAUUUAGUUGGCGUGCGUUGUAAGCGUAGGAAACUGGUCAGGUCUGCUUUUGUUGAGAAGAAGUCCACUAAUGAUAUUAGUACUACUAAUGAUGCUGAUAUACUGAAACCACUGAAUUCUGAGAGCAUUUCAACAAAAGGAGUCCUUGAAGAUACACUUUCUAACAAUGACUGUGAUUCAAUAAAAGCAGCAGCCCUUGAGAGCUUACAGAAGGUCGACACAUCCGUUAAUAUUAACAUGAUGCCAGAUACGCAUGUUGUCGCACCUUCUAAGGAGGACAGCAGUUUAACAGAAGCUGUACUUGAAGGCACAGAGAAGGUUGAUGCAUUUACUGAAUCCGCGGAGGAAAGCAGUAUGCUUUCAAUUCCGCUUGUAACUACUCUUUUUAAAGAUGACUGUGAUGCAACAGAAGCGGUACUUGAAAGCACAGAGAAGGUUGAUGCAUUUACUGAAUCCGUGGAGGAAAUUAGUAUGCUGUCAAUUCCUCUUGAAACUACUCUUUCUAAAGAUGACUGUGAUGCAACAGAAACAGUACUUGAAAGCACAGAGAAGGUUGAUGCAUUUACUGAAUCCGUGGAGGAAAUUAGUAUGCUGUCAAUUCCUCUUGAAACCACUCUUUCUAAAGAUGACUGUGAUGCAAAAGAAGGAGUAAUUGAAAGCUCAGAUAAGGUUGAUGCAUCUAUCAAAUCUGCACAACUAUCUGCUGAAUGCCAAAGAGGGGUUAAUAAAGAAGGUCCUCGAGAUGGAAAUGCAUAUAAGUUUGAAGUUGCGGAUGUGUUUGUGAAAAUUGCCCCAGUAGCUUCAUUAGAAGAUCGGGACAAUAUGUGUGGUUGGAUUGAGUGGUGAUCUUUGUGGAUGAUACUUGAAAAAUCCAAUGGUGUAUAUUCUUUUGAGCUGCAGCGGUGAACACAGUUUUGUAAAUCUGUGGUGUUUACUGGAAGUAGAACACUUAACUUGCUAGCAUUGUUGUCGAUAGUUGUGAUGAAUUAUUAUGAAGGCCUGUAUUUUCAAACCUUAAAAUUAUUGUUCCACAAACCUGAAUAGACAACACAGAAUUUGUUAAAGUUUAUAGCUGCUCUGAAUGCAUUUCAAAAAGUUUUUUGUUUUGAAUCUAAA